AUGUACCUCCAAGACGAGUGGCCGAAGAUAGCAGAUGGUAGCCCUUGGAAUGGCAAGGAUCUCCUUGAGCUCGUCCGGGGCGGUGAAAGUCCGUUUGCUGAUGUGUGGGAUGUCAAUCUACUUAUCACGGAAAUCGAGGAGAACGUUGGCAAGCAUGUCGUGGACAUACCACUAGUCAAUUGUGGUUCGAACAAUUAUGGCUUCCAAAUGACGCUGUUUUCCGGUGAGGAGGUAGUUGCCAGACUAGCUCGAGGAGACGUGAACAUGCCAGGUUUCGACGGCUUCUCGCUCGAGUCUCAGAUCGCUGAGAUCGAGUUCGAGGCAGCUGUCUACGAGCUGCUGCGCGAUCAUUCACAGCUGAAGACAUCUCGUCUGCUCUAUCAUCGUGCUCCUGCGCAGUGUCGAGGCGAAAAGUCCGCGAUUCCGAAAAACAUUGUUGGGCGGCGCUUGAUGGUGUUCAAUCGAGCUGCUGGAAGAAGUAGUGGUGCUUGGAACAGUUUGAGUGGUCAGCAACAAUUGGAUCUUGUCACGCAAGCAGCGACCCUCCGUGCUGCUCUCUUCAGCUUCGAGCUGCCACUGGACUUCGCGAGCCAGUACUUACACGACCGACUCUUCGAGCAAAAACCCAACGCACUCCCAGUACCAGUGACCCCAACCCGAGACUUCUGCGUAACCCUCUUCACCUCCAAGAUUGAAGCCACCAUCAGGAAGAUCGGCGACAUGAUCGGCUGGGAAAGCGACAAUAACGUUGUCGGACCCAUAGCAGCGGCCGCGAAGCAGUCUCUUUUAAAGUUUGUCCCUGUCAUGCUGCCGAAGGAAACCACUGACACACCACUCUUCUACCGCCUCAUUCUGGAACACGGUGACUUCGGCAUCCACAACAUGACCAUCGACGACGGCGAUACACCCACCAUCACAUCCCUCUUCGACUGGGAGACAGGUUGCAUCGUCCCCGCCUUGCUCAGUGACACGUGCAUGGCUGUGGCUGGGGCUGACUUGAUUCUUGAUGAGGAUGCUCGACCUGCUGUUAAACGAAUCAGUAGAGAUGCGGGUGUUGAGAAGGUAGCGCAGGCUAAAGCUUGUACCGUGGGAUAUCAUGGGGUGUUGUUUGAAAGGGCGCCGGAGUAUGAGAGGGUGAUGAGGGCGGGGAGGGAUGCGAGGUUCUUGUGGUUUAAGCUGAGGGACUGGAGAGGUGAUGAUCCGGAGGGGUAUUUUGGAAGGUUGGGGGCGUGGGCUGAGGGGAGGUUGGCAGAGUCGAGGGUUUGGAAGUCGUUGUUUCAGGAGAUGGUUAUGAAUGACUGUUCAGAUGCGGUCAAUGAUUCGUGGUCAUCAGAACCGCAAGCUUGCGCGUUCGCCACGGGAAGCUUUUGUGUCUUCGUCCACGGAACUCCUGAUCUAGCAUAG